CACGCGCAUCCAGCUGACAAAACGGCGCCGCUAAUUUCCCCGCGUGCUUUUUAAACAAGGGUGAGCCACGGCGGAGUCAAACAGGCGUCCCUCUGCGGGCGCGGCGGCAGCUGUCAUAACCGCACCGCAGCUGCGUCAGCGCUGACGCGCCGCUCGCGCGGCAGAAGCAGGUUCUCCACCUGGAAAUGACGGGAAAAGAAAGGGCGGCGUGGCAACAAAUGGUCGCAUCCUGCUGCUGAGGGUCGUGGACAUUAACGUGUCAUUUAACGUGUCAUCACGUGGGUCCAUCACAUGUAGGCGGCUUCGUCCUCAGAUCAGGUGUUUAAAAUGAAGGUUAAUACAUCAGCACUAAAUCAACGCAGCACUUCUCUGGGCUGAGGUGCCGGCUCAGGCUCCGGUUUCGGUCCAGUUCCAGACGGACCCGGUGGUGGUUCAAACUGGGACCAACGCGGUGUUCACCGUGGUGACGGUGCCUCAGGUUCUGAGCAUGACGUGGUUCUACAAAGGCGUCACUCUGGGCGUGUGGGCUGGAGGCGCUGCGGUGGUCAACCCGGUCCCACAGUUCUUGGGCCGGAUCUCCAUCACCGCCACCCAGCUGCAGAUCACCGGCGCCCAGCUCCAGGAUGCAGGAAACUACACGGUGACGGUGACCCCCAUCGGCACCGCAGCGCUGGCAAACUCCAAAUCGGCGCAGCUGGGUGUGUUCGAUCCAGUCAACGGGGUCACUCUGGUCGCCUCCUCGGUGGCAGUAGAGGGGAGGAAUGUGUCUCUGAGCUGUACGUGGACGUCUGGGACAAACGUCAUCGUCCAGUGGGGCCUGAACGGGGCGGCCGUCGCCGCCAGCGCCAGGAUCAGCAUCAGCGGCGGCUCCCUGGUCAUCAACCCGGCACAGCGGGCCGACGCCGGCGCCUACACCUGCACGGCCAGCAACCCUGUCAGCGCCCAGACGGCCUCGCUGACCCUCACCGUCUACUACGGCCCGGACACCCCGGCGCUGACCAAGCAGAGCCCCAACCAGAACGCCGGCGCCUGCGUGGGAGGAGGGGACGUGGUCGCGGGCCAGACGGUGGCGCUGACCUGCGCCUCCAGCUCGCUGCCGCCCGCCGUCUACACGUGGCGCUUCAACGGGCAGCCGCUGACGUCCAGCCAAUCGGCCGGCGGCGUGCUCGCCCUGCAGACCUACUCCACCAAUCAGAGCGGCCAGUACUUCUGCACGGCCACGAACAGCGUCUCCGGCAACACGUCCACGCAGGGGACGGUCCUGGCCGUCGUCGGCACGUGUCUCACUGUGGGCCAAGUGGUGGGAAUCGUGAUUGGAAGUUUACUGAUGCUGGUAAUCAUUGUGCUCCUCAUCGUGCUCAUUGUUUUCUUCUCGCGGAGGAGGAGGGCUCCGCGGAGAGAAGGGGGAGCCGUGGUUGUUCAGAAGACCAACCCACAGAGUCGGCCUCCAGAUCCACAACCUAAUGGUGUGAGGGAAAUGGGCCAAGGACCCGACCCCCCCCUGUUCUACACACAGCGACCUGAACGCGACGCAGCGCGGUCCGGACGCGGUACCGAAGCCCAGACGCCGCGUCUCAGCCGCCUGCAGAACCCGGACACAAACAGACUCCUGAACCACCAGAGCAGCGGCUCGGAGCCGCUCAACGGCGCCGACAACCCGGCGUUUGAACGCACGCCGCAGCAGCAGAACCCCAACAUUGUCAUCCAGACCGGCAGCGCUCCGGACGGCGGCCGGCUGCAGGCGGUCCACCUCAACCUCAACACGCCGCCCCACGCUGCGCAGCACAACAGCGGCGCACAAAUGCCCACCAUUCACGUCAAUCUCACGUCGUUAGCGAGCGGCGGCGAAACGCAGCGGGACGCGGCGCUGCCUCCCGCCAACGCGGCCCAUAAUCGCGCUCCACCAAACCCGGUAAAUACACAGCAAUCACUUCCCAGGGAGCAAAGCCGGCAGCUCCAUCCCAGUGACCACAGACUGAAUGGUCAUGUGGAUACAGGUAAUCAGCUUCAGCCUGGACUGAUCCCAACUGGAUACACACACGAUAACAGCCACAGUCCCUCCCAGAGAAACGCCAACACGCAGACCUACCAGCAGGACGCGCAUCCGAGCAGGUCCGACAGAACCGCAGGACCGCGCGAUGACGCCUCCCGCCAGCAGAUGUCGUGGGACCUCCUCCGAGGGACACCAGCGUAUCCUAGAGGCGCUCCUCAAAGAGGCCGGGCACCACAGGACUCUGACUCCACAGACUACACAGACUACACCAGCCACCCCCCCAUACGGGAGGCGGGAAUCACCAACACCACCCGACCUCGGGGCCAAACCCGGAGCCGGACACCGGCCACACAGGACGCCGCCUCGGCGGACAGACGGACGCGGAGCCGUUCGGCCGACUCUCGGGACCCAGAUCAUCUCAGCGUAGCAGAGAUUAUGGCUCCUGUCCACGCUCAGAGAAUCCACAACACACAAAGAGAGAGGGCUCAGCGAGACAUCAGAGGCCUGAGCGGCAGCCAGGCUGCCCCCAGGCAGGAAGCCACACGCAGCAAUAACCCCCAGGCGCUUCCUCUCACCAGCCGGCAGGCAUCUGUAGACCGGCCCGCUGUGUCACAGGCACCCACAGAACCACGGGGACUGAACUCAUCACGGGGGACAGAUAACAGAGCCUUGGCUGAUCCCAACCACCUUCCCCAGACCCACGUGUCUCAGCAGCAUAGAGCAGCAUGGAGCCGAACGCCGCCACAAGGCCUGAGCUCUGCGACGCAGCCGGUCGCACGCGAUGCCAGGCAGCCUCUCCAACGAGCCCCCGCUGCAAUCCCCCAAGCCUCCUCCCAGUCAAAUCCCAGUAACCUGACCCAGGCUGCGCUGGAGGCCCACACCAAGACGGCUCAGACGUUUCAGAACCGGAGGCAGCAGACCCAGGCUGCUCUCCUCCACCCUGGCCCACAAGCUCCCGUCGCUACGGUUCAGCAGCCGCCCAAACCUCCUCCCGUUAUUCCCCUGGCUGAGUUCCGAACCCUUCCGAAGGAGCGAGAGGAGCACCGGCCCUCCAGACCUCCUGCAAACGUCCCGCUGGCGCAGCGGCCCAACGGGCAGCACCACCCCGGAACCCAUCGUCACCAUGCGGGAUGGGUCCCCGCGCAUGCCGGCGCAAACAGGAACACGCACGAGCACCCGGGACAGGGGCACCCGGGCCACGGACCUGGGCUCAGGGGGCACCCUGGGCACCCGGGCCACGGACACCAGGGCCAGCGGCGUCAGGGGCACCAGGGACAGGGGCAUCCGGGUCAGGGGCACCCGGGCCACUUCCCCCAUCAUCAGCAACAGGCUCGCAGAGGGAGACCGAGAUGAUGACAGAUGUCAACCCACUCCGCUCCACAACUGUCCUGCACGCGCUGACACAAACAAACGGCUGACAGACACCAUCCAAUAUAGCAGCGAGCAAGAGUGACUGCACAAGGUUCGCUUCUCAGAAAAGCUGUCACAUCCUGGCAUCUCAGGCCUAAAGUCAGAUCUUUUAUGGAAGAGAUGAAUAUGUCUCCCAUGGGGAUGAUAAACCCUAACUCUUUUUAAUGUAGGGCUUCUUUCUCAGAAAGAAAUGACAGAUUUGCUCAAAGGAGUUUGAGCUGACUCCUAAAUUGUUCCAAAUUAAAUGCAUAUGAUAUCAUUUUUAUAUAAUCCCAGAAACGACUCCCCGGACCCACGUGUUGUGUGUUUGGACUCCUCAAGCACGGCCGUGCAUCAACCGUUGCCAAAAGCCAGAGCUGAGAAUAAAAGUGAUGAUCCAUGGCUCCUGACCGAGCUCACGCCCGCCGUCCAUUCAUCAUCGCAGCUAAACAACGGCACCUUGACAGGAUGCACUGGAGGUGCUUGCAUGAAUAUCCGUUUCUAUCUGACACUCGGGGCGUCUAAUAGUGUCGUACAGUGAAAUCAAUGGGGGGGAGACCCUGCGAUGGACGGACGCUGCCCCCGUGAUGGAGAAGAAGUGGAUUGUUGAUGUUUCCCUCUUCGCUGCCCCCGGAGGCAGCAUGAAGGAGGAGCGGCGUUCAGUCGCGGUGCGGCGGCGGCGGCGCGUCGACCUAAACGUCCGCCGUCGAUCUUCCAUCAGACGCGCGUCUGCCUCGUUUGUGUGCGUGGAGCCGCAGCUGGAACAUCUGCUGACUCCUCCUCCUCGCUGCCAGGCGCUAAUGAGACCGCUCACCUGACGAGGCGCGCUCUGCUCCCUGACCCGACCGAACGCACGGGUCCGAACGCCAGGAACGCUCCCGCCGACUUAAUUAGAAAUAAAUGAGCAACUGAUCCCGAUAAACAAAUAGAAAAUGUGUCCGUGGAGCUGAAAACGCUGCUAGUUAUGAUGAAGAAGUCAGUGUGUCAGUUUACAGGGAGCUGUUUAUUCUGCGCCCCUCUCCUCAGUCGGGGGGAUUCACCUCUGCCAGGCUCAUCUAGCCGUGAACGGGAGCCCGCGAGUAAACGGACGGAUGGGCGCUUAUUAAUUAACUGCAUGGAUGUGGCUUAAAUGAGUUGGAAAGUAAUCACACCUGCUCAGGAAUGAGGUCAGCGCCGGGACCGGAGCUGUCACGCGUGGCGCUGACACCGGACACUGUAACAAUUUGCGGCCUGGACCGGGUCACGGCAGCACAUUAAGAAUGACGGGACGUCGUUAUUAUUACAGAUGAUGCAUUUAUUGCUUUAUUCUACUCGGGAGGAUGUUUAUGGAAGCUGAUUCGCUUUAAACCAAAGCUUGGGUGGACUUUGAAGGAGGCAUCUGCACCACGAGCCUCGUCUGGUGCCUGAAGAUGUUAAACCUACUCAGUGUUUUGCUGUGUGCCUUUUAAUGGAUCCUGCUGCUGAGAGCUACAGUGGCCAGCUGCUUCAUUAUUCAUCGCUUGCCUUCGUGCAAAGCAAAGCAUCAGACUCGGGGCUCAGAGCGACGUUGACGCGAGCGCUCCGCUGUCUUUUUGUGGGACAAUAAGGUGCAGCUGUAGCCUCAAACACAUCUGAACGCACAUCUGGAGCGUGAGCUUUGCUCUGUUGCUUUUGCUUGUGCUGCACUUGGACAACCAAUGACUGUCAAUAGUCUGCGUGGAUGUUAAAUACAGGUUUGAAGCCCAAUAUUUAUCUUUGGUUCUCAGGGAGAAAUGUUUGGGAUUUGUGAAUUAUGAUAUUUUGAUGUUAUUUUAUCAAUCCAAAUAAAUGUUAUUUUUUCUACUGUUGAA